AUGAAACUGUGCGAGAAUAAAAUAGUUAAUGAAGUGAUGGUAGAUCUAGUUGUGGUUUUUCUGUGUGUUGUCAUAUCAGUCGUAAUGCUGUUUAUAAACCCACAUCACAUGUUAAUUCCAACUGAAGAGGAUAACGUUAAUAUGAAAUACCCUUUCAAAAACGAGUCAGUUCCGUUUUACGUCUGUGCGUUAGUAGCAUACGUCCCACCUCUUCUAUUAUUGGUGUUAUUUUCUUUCCUCAAAACGUCGUGGCGAUACUUUUUGCUCUCAUUUUUGGCACUCGCGUUUGCAAUUUCACUUUGUGCAGCGGUUGUAAGCUCUUUCAAGCUUUUUGCGGGUCGACCCCGCCCUCAUUUUUAUGACAGAUUAGCACAGAAACCAAGUGACACGAUAGAUGUCUAUCAAUCAUUCCCAUCGGGGCACUCUUCAACGAUAUUCAAUGGCGCCACUUUCUUGUCGUUGUUACUUGUUGGACAACUUCAUGUCUUUUCAACAUCACAUGAAGUAUGGAGAUUGGCGUUGUCGAUUUGUCCAUUUAUCGUUGCUGGUGUUGUCGCGAUUUCACGAACAAGAGACUAUUACCACAACUUCUCUGAUAUUUUAGGAGGUGCUUUCAUUGGAAUGGUUUCUUCAUUCAUAGUCUACGUCCUCAAGUUUGAGUCUCUUUUUUCUUCGCACUCGCAGAACCUUAAAAUACUCGAGGAGCAACUUCAAGAAGAAAAAACGACAAAUGAGGACAUAUUUGAUAUGUAA